UAACUGGGUAUGUCACUAUGCCGUAUCUUGGAUCUGUGUCAUAGACAUCCGCCCAUAUGUUGACACGUCUCUAAAAUCAACGUAAACAUGGACGGGCAAUUGUUGGAACCAUCUUUGUAUACCAUCAAAGGGAUGGCAAUUUUGGAUAACGAUGGGCAUCGAAUCCUAGCUAAAUAUUACGACAAAAAUAUAUUUCCAACUUCGAAAGAACAGAAAGCUUUUGAAAAAAAUUUGUUCAAUAAAACCCACAGAUCAAAUACCGAAAUAAUUAUGUUGGAUGGAUUAACUUGCGUGUACAGAAGUAAUGUUGAUUUAUAUUUUUACGUAAUGGGCAGUUCAUAUGAAAACGAACUGAUUCUUAUGAGCGUAUUGAACUGUUUGUAUGAUUCUGUAAGUCAAAUAUUGAGAAGGAAUGUUGAGAAACGAGCUGUGUUGGAUAGUUUAGAUAUUGUGAUGCUGGCUAUGGAUGAAAUUUGUGAUGGAGGAAUUAUACUCGAUGCUGAUGCUGCGAGUGUCGUUCAAAGAGUUGCGCUUAGGACUGAUGACAUUCCAUUGGGAGAGCAAACAGUUGCACAGGUAUUGCAAUCAGCUAAAGAGCAGCUUAAAUGGUCCCUGCUAAAGUAAAGCGUAGGAAAAAUAAUUUAAAAAUAAUCCAUUUAAAUUUUAUAUAUUUAAAUUCUUUAUUAAAUGUAAUUUUUAAUCAAUAAAAUCCAGUUAUC